AUGCUGCCGCAAAUGACUAUGAUGUCCGUCGGUUGCCAUGCGUUCCUACGCUCCAAGACGCCCUCGAGACGUCGGAUUGAAAACCAUAUCAGAUACGAGUUCGGGGCAACACGAAAGGAUGGACCCCCAAAUUUUGGUCUUGGCGAUCUCCGCGGCUCAUGGGAGGGGAUACGCACAACAUAUGGGGACCCGGUUAUACUUGAAGCAAUGCCUCUGGAUUGGAAAUCCGCGUUAUUUCUGGAAGCCCAUGACGAAACUUCACCUCUUCCACAUGCUAUUUGCACUAUCUCUGCGGAUGUUGAUGCGACACUUGCAGAUCAGAACCUUACUCUCCACGAGAUGAGAGCUAUUAUGAGAAUGAUACUUAUUAGAGCUCGUGGGCCGCGCCGAAAAAAUCCCAUCUACCCAUUUUUGCUUCUCUCAUUUAUGGCCAGCCCAUCGGACUCAAGAGGCGCAGACAAUGACAGUCGCGCCAAUAUACCUAUUUCCUCCGGUCAAAUAAGGUUUCAUUUGCGAGCAUCGUCGGCAUUGUUUAUUGAUUAUUUUCAGGACUACUACCGUGAGGAGCAGGGUCGGUUUCUUGGUAGUCAACAAGAAGCAGGCAUACGCGGUUACGGUGUGGCCGAUGUUGACAAAGUAGCCGUGGUCCUCCCUACCUAUAGCGGUAACGAUGUUAGGUGGGUCUCAGUCGUACGCGCAUCUCACCGCAACGCUCAAUUUUGA